CGCGGUAGCCUUGCCUUUUAGGUUAGGAAAAUAACAAUUUUCGAAAACUCAAAAUCUUUAUGAACAUUUCAUAAUUCAUUAGCUUCGGCACGUGCGUUUGUAAAGUGUACUGGCUAGCUUUUUGUGAAAUUAACGAGUUACCCUUAAAAGGACGUAUAUUCAUUAUGAAAAUCUCAUAAAUGUUUCCUGCUCUUGAAACUAAAAUUUUAUUGAAUAUCCAAGUUUAAAAAUGUCAUCAGAAACAUUAUUCCCACGUGGGCCUGUUUCCCAAUUACCGGUCAACAAAAAAGAUUUCAAUAAACGACUUCUUGAUAGGAAUACGUUAUUUGGUAAUUAUUUCCAGUGGUUCUUCCUCUGAUUUGUGGGGUAUUACACCAUGCUGCCUGUUGGAUAUCAGUCACAAACUUCUCCAACACCCGAUCAAUAUGUUCUUCGUUUCUUAAUGAAAUUGAAGAAAAAUUCUAUACAGAAGAAGAAGAAGGAAAGAAGGACUGAGUCAACAUUCGAUCAGAAAAUAGUGAACUUGUUCCAAACAGUACCAGAUAAAAUCACUACCUUCAGAUACAAGAGGCUGACUGAGGGUCUUGUUAUAGCUGGACGAGUCAGAGAAAUUAAUUUAUCUCGGCUGGGAAUUUCUCUCCCUGGGAGGUCUCUAGCUCACGUGGACAUAAAUAAGAUCUCGACGCCCUAUACCGAACAACUGCAGUCUCUUUCAAGUGACUCAGUAAAUGCCAAGGAUGUUGCAGCCCUCUCAGAUAUGUUCCAAAUUGGUGAAUUGGUAACUGUAGCAGUUGAGACAAUAAAUCAGAAUAAUGGCAAAUUCAAUGUGUCCCUCAGUCUAAAUCCGUGUGAUGUGAACAAAGCGUUCGACAGUUCAUCGCUUGUAGAAAGUGUCCAAUUGAUUGGUGCAAUUAAAUCCGUAGAAGACCAUGGCUACGUUGUCGAUGUAGGAAUAAAAAACGUGGUUGCGUUCCUCCCAAUAAAAAACGUUGACCAAGAGGCAAUUGGAGGAUUAGUGGUCGGAAAACUCGUGCGUGCUGUUGUUACGUAUAUUAAGAGAAAAACAUCUUCAGCAUCGACUCUUACUCUUUCCAUAAAGAAAGAUACCCUCCAAACAUCUGUACCUAAGACCGGUUAUUCCAACACCAACGUUAUACCAGCAACUCGAAUCAAAGUCCAUGUAACAAAGGUUCUGGCCGAAGGUCUGGUUGUAAGGCCAGUGAAAGCAUGUGGGGAUGUGACCGGCCAUAUAAACCUGAAUAACUUGGCCAGCUGCUGGGAUACAACAAGCCGCUUCAAGCCGGGCAUGGCUUUGUUCGCAACUCUGCUCUACACCAUUCCACAUGCCAACAUCAUGUACUUCUCUCUGUGGCCACAGAUCUGCGAUGCCAAUCCCGAUAGAGCUUUCCAUGAUGGUGCACUAGUCAAGAAUGCUAAGGUUGUAUCAUUGGGCUAUGAAGGAACCAACUUCCAGCUGGGCUCCGAUGAGCUCAAUGCAAAAGGUCUAGUUUCCAUAUCACAGGACGGAGGCAAGCAUGAUUUCAAAGUGGGAGAAAUGCAUACUGUGAGAGUAAUACAUUAUGAUUUGAUGGAAAACGUCUACAUAUGCUCAAUGAAGCCCGAACUGUUAUCGAUUGGAGUCUACUCAGCGAAUGAUCUGCAAGUUGGCCAGAUCGUUGAGGGAAAAGUGACAAGAAAACUCGCUGGGAAAGGCGUCAAUUUGCAAGUCGGAAAUGUGACAGUAUUUGCUCCACAUUUUCAUCUCACUGAUUUCCCGUCCAUGUCUCAGAAAGACAAUGUCCAGUCUCCUAUCUGCAAAAUGAACGCCGUUGUGAAAGCUAAAGUCCUUUCCAAGCACGAAGGCAAUAUUCUUGUUACACUGAAGCCGAUGCUGGUGAGAACUGCUGCGCUAUGCAACUAUUCUGAUGUGAAAGUUGGUGACUGCUACUAUGGAACUGUGAAAUCAAUGGCAGACCGUGGCAUAGUCGUUUGGUUUUACAACCAUAUCACUGGCUUCAUCCCAAAUGACCAAAUCCAUCCUAUCCUUCUCAAACCUACUUUCCACGUAGGACAAUCGAUCAGAUGUUAUGUCAAGGAAGUAGAUCCAAUGAAUGGAAAACUAAUUUUGACUUUGAAACCUUCAAUCCUCAACAAAGGAUAUUCUUAUGGAUCCCGGUAUCCACUGACUGUGAUUGAGAGUAAUUCUGAAGGUUUCAAAGUUAAGGUCAGAAACAACAAAAAAAUUGUGGGACUUGUUCCAUUCGAGCAUCUGACAGAUCAUGUAAUGCUUGUGCAACCACUAAAAGACUAUUUCAAGCCAGGCAGUAGAAUAGAGGAUGCUGUGGCUUAUUCCAGCAAUUUUGAGUCUGUCCCGUUAUUUUCUCUGAGACAAUCUGUUCGAUCAUUCUUUGAGGUCUAUGGCAAUGAUAUUACUACUGCCAAUUUGCAUUUGCAGAAAAAGGAAGUCAUCGUUCCUUGUUCUGUUACCGAGAUCUAUGAGAGUGGAAUCACUGUUGAUGUUUGCAUUCCGAAUUUAAGAACCCAUUCUAUACCUAAGAAGAAUAUCAUUGGAUAUGAUGAACAUAUUUUGAGUUCUCUAUCUGUAAAUCAAUCACUUCUGGCAGUCCCGUCAGUUUAUCAAGAUGAUCUCCUCUUGAAGCUGAACAAAAAUAAAUUCUAUGAUAUCACUGAGGUUGGAUUUGGAGUUGACUUGCUUCUGGACUAUUUGAAAUCAUCAAAAUUAAUACAAAGUAUUACUCUUGGUGAAAAAACUCAAGGUACUGUUUCAAAAAUUAAAAAGAAGACGGUUUCAGUAAAGUUGCCAUCCUUGAACUCUAAAGUAAUAAUCAGUAAAAAGCUUUGUGAUGAAGAUUUGAAAGAAGAUGAUUCCAUUGAUGUGACUCUUCUAUGGCAAUCACCAGUGACGAAAACUAUCCAUGCUCAACCAACAGGAGAACAACCAGAAGAACCUCUGAACGGACCAAAGGUUGGGCAAACAGCCGCUGCAAAGGUAGUCUUGGUUGAAGACGACUUCGCUAUUGGUCACAUUCUAGAAGGGCCUUUCAAACAUCGCAUCGCUUUCUUCCCAGUCAAAUAUCAUCUAAAUGACUUGGAACAGCCAAAGUUGAAACUUUUCUCAACCGUCCACAUAAUUCCACUUUUACAUGAAGAUGGAUAUGCAAUCGCCAUCAAAGAAUCAAAGUUGAAAGAGGACUCGCAAACGACUGGUAAACCACAGGAAGAUAUAUUAUCUGAGUUGUUGGAUAAUGUCAAUACAUAUUUCAAUAAACGGAGGGUCAUUGUUCAUAUCAACGAGGUUCUCGAAAACUAUAGUGAAACACCUGAUGAAGAGGAAGAGGAAACGCCUAAAAAAGAGAAGAAGAAGAAGAAGAAAAAGAAGGCUGAAAAGUCCAGUGGUGGUUCACUUUUCGCUGAAAACGAAACUUGGGAACAAAUACCAAUGAGUGGAAAAGAAAGUGAUGCUGAGUCUGAAAAUUGCAAAUCGCCCAAGAAAAAGAAGAAGAGAGAGAAAAAUUUGAAUAAUACUUCAAAUGGAACGUUUGAGGAAUCAAUUGUCAAUGGAAAACAAGAAUCUGCAUCUGAAACUGAAAAUAAAUCACCCAAAAAGAAUAAGAAGAAAGAUUCAAUUGGCUCAUCUAUUUCAAAUUUCUCAGUUCAAGAUUCCAAAACUGUAAAAACUGUUGAAGUUACCAGCAAAAGUAAAAAACAAUUGUUAUCAAAUGAGGAAGUUUCAACCACUCCGAGCAAGGUAGAUAAGAAAAAGAAAUCAUCUGUACUUGAUGAGAUUCCAAAAGAACAAUCAGCCAAAAAAUUAAAGCGUGCAAAGACUGAGUCUGGAAACGAUGAUUCAUUGAUUGGUGAUGAAUCUAAGCCAGAAAAAAGGAGGAGAAAAUCUUCAAUAUCUCAACUCGAUGAAUUGGAUUCUUCGGUCUCCGACACUAAAGCUGGGAAGAAAGAAAAGAAGAGGAAAUCUUCCGAAGGAGAUUUCAAUUCAACUGACAGUCAAAACAACAGCUUGACAGAAGUUGAGAAGAAGCCUAAAAAGAAAAAGAAAUCUGUGGAAAGCAACAGCACUGAGAAUACCGCUGACUCCCACCAGGAUGAAAUCAAGACAAGACUAUCAAUGCUCGGUUAUGAAGGGUUUUCGUGGUCCGUUGACGCUAAGGAUUUCUCUAUCACUCAAGGAGACAAUGAUAAUGACUCCGAGGAUGAAGACGAUGAUUUGUUUGAUGGUAGUGCGAAGAAGGGCAGAGCACAGAUGACAGUGAGCGAGAAGCGAGCGGCGGCCAAGGAGGCGGAACAGCGGCUGAGGCGCGCCGAGCAGCUGCUUCUCGAGGCAGAGGCCAACCCGCAGUCCGUCGACCACUUCGAGCGACUCGUUCUCGCUCAUCCCAACAGUUCUAUGCUAUGGAUCAAGUACAUGGCCUUGCAUCUACAGGAGACAGAAAUAGAUAAAGCGAGAGCAGUAGCUAAAAGAGCACUGCAAGUCAUGAAUUCACGCGAAGAAGAGGAUAGACUGAAUGUUUGGACUGCGCUUCUCAACCUUGAAAACCUUUAUGGAUCUGAGGAAAGCCUGAAAUCAGCACUGGAUGAAGCCGUUAGAACAAACGACGACUAUCAAGUGUACUCGAAAAUGCUCGAAAUCUACGCGGAUUCGAAAAAUACAAAAAGCGUGGAACAGUUGGUGGCCAUGAUGUCGAAGAAGUUCAAAUCGAAACUGGAUUGUUGGCUGGUGUGUUGUCGCAAUCUGAUGAGGGUCGGCUCCCACGACAAGGCACGCAGCUUCUUCCAAAGAGGACUAGAAGCGCUGGCAAAGAAGGACCAUGUACAGUUUAUCACGCGGUUUGCGCUGCUAGAAAACGCGCUAGGAUCGUUCGAUCACGCUCAAACUGUCAUGGAUCACGUACUCAUGACUUAUCCUGGUCGCAUUCCGGCUUGGACCACCUAUGUCGACAUGCUGACCAAAUCCGGCCACAUUGACUUGGCCAGGCAGGUUCUUCAGAGGUCUGUCAACCAGAAACUACCCGUCAAGAAAAUGAAAACUCUGUACAAAAAGUGGUUGGACUUUGAAGAGCAUCAUGGUACUCAGACUAAUAUCAAAAACGUAAAGAAUUUGGCUGAGCAGUAUGUGAAUAGUUUGAGUCUUAAAAUUGAUGAUAUACAAUGAUAAUUAUAUUAUCCAAAUCAUAACUAUAUAAUAUAUAUGUAGAUCAGAUGAUAACUUUGGGUGUAAAAGUACAAUGAUAUUUCAAUCUUAUAUUAGAAAAAAGUACUAUACCUACAUUGAUAUUUACAUUCAUGUGUGAAAAUGUCACAGCUCAUAGCUGUAUGUUUCUCUUUGAACAUAUCACACUGCUAUAAGUCUAGCUUGAAAUAUAUAUUAUUUUAAAACUUCAACGAUAUUAUCCUUUUCUGUUAAUAUAACGUCUAUCAUUUUAUGGAAACAUGUUGGACAUUGUACAAUUGUUUAAAACCUACCUGAAGUAGGCUUUAGUACAUGUUUAUUCUGUUUGUUUUAUUGUUGACCACCUAUUUCAUUUAUUUUACAUAUAAAAUCGACCGAAUUUCUAACAAUAUAAUA